AUGAACUCUACCUUGGAUGGUAAUCAGAGCAGCCACCCUUUUUGCCUCUUGGCAUUUGGCUAUUUGGAAACUGUCAAUUUUUGCCUUUUGGAAGUAUUGAUUAUUGUCUUUCUAACUGUGUUGAUUAUUUCUGGCAACAUUAUUGUGAUUUUUGUAUUUCAUUGUGCACCUUUGUUGAACCACCAUACUACAAGUUAUUUUAUCCAGACUAUGGCAUAUGCUGACCUCUUGGUUGGGGUAAGCUGCCUGGUCCCUUCUUUAUCACUCCUCCACUACCCGCUUCCAGUAGAGGAGUCCUUGACUUGCCAGGUAUUUGGUUUUGUAGUAUCAGUUCUGAAGAGUGUCUCCAUGGCCUCUCUGGCCUGUAUCAGCAUCGAUAGAUAUAUUGCCAUCACUAAGCCUCUAACCUAUAAUACCCUGGUUACACCCUGGAGACUGCGUCUGUGUAUUUUCCUGAUUUGGCUAUACUCCACCCUGGUCUUCCUGCCUUCCUUUUUCCACUGGGGCAAACCUGGAUAUCAUGGAGACGUGUUUCAGUGGUGUGCGGAGUCCUGGCACACCGACCCCUACUUCACCCUGUUCAUCGUGAUGAUGUUAUAUGCCCCAGCAGCCCUCAUUGUGUGCUUCACCUAUUUCAACAUCUUCCGCAUCUGCCAACAGCACACAAAGGAAAUCAGCGAAAGGCAAGCCCGCUUCAGCAGCCAGAGUGGGGAGACUGGGGAGGUGCAGGCCUGUCCUGAUAAGCGCUAUGCCAUGGUCCUGUUCCGAAUUACUAGUGUAUUUUACAUCCUCUGGUUGCCAUACAUCAUCUACUUCUUACUGGAGAGCUCCACUGGCCACAGCAACCGCUUCGCAUCCUUCUUGACCACCUGGCUUGCUAUUAGUAAUAGUUUCUGCAACUGUGUCAUUUACAGUCUUUCCAACAGUGUCUUCCAAAGGGGACUAAAGCGCCUCUCAGGGGCCAUGUGUACUUCUUGUGCAAGUCAGAUGAUAGCUAAAGACCCUUACACAGUUAGGAGCAAAGGCCCCCUUAAUGGAUUUCAUGUCUGA